GUUCGCGCGAGUCGACGUUUCCCGCCGAAACAUUGAAAAUUUGAACUUCGAACGCGACAAAACUUUUGAAUUUAUUUUUUAUCAACACACGCGUGUUGACGGCCAGUGUUUGAAGAAAUUUAUUUUAUCUGAAGUGAAUCGCAUAUUUCUUACGUGUGGUAUAGUGAAUAAUGUGAUAAACAGUUGUAUAAAACAAAUUCAAGACAUUCCAAGGAUUCUUUGUAACUUUCAUGUAUUGACAUUUUCAAGGCAUGGGGAAUUCUCGGUGGAGAUUUACAGAUUAUACAUUUUUGAAAAUUUUAAACAUGGAUAUCACGACGUGUUUAUCACUACUAGUCGUUGUCGUCACAUUAGCAACAUCAGCACAAGCGAGCGAGCCCCGCGUGGUAUGUUACUACACAAACUGGUCGGUGUACCGGCCGGGCACAGCCAAAUUCAACCCACAAAAUAUCAACCCAUACUUGUGUACGCAUUUAAUAUAUGCAUUCGGGGCUUUUACCAAGGAGAAUACACUUAAACCAUUCGACAAGUACCAGGAUAUCGAGAAAGGUGGUUACGCGAAGUUCACUGGUCUGAAGACGUAUAAUAAGAAUCUGAAGACAUUACUGGCCAUUGGUGGCUGGAACGAGGGCUCCACCAGAUUCUCGCCCAUGGUCGCGUCGCGGGAGCGAAGAAAAGAGUUCGUCAGGAAUGCUAUUAAGUUCCUCAGGCAGAACCGAUUCGACGGGCUGGAUCUUGACUGGGAGUACCCCGCGUUCAGAGACGGCGGCAAGCCAAAAGACAGGGAUAACUAUGCCAAACUGGUGAAGGAACUUCGCGAGGAGUUUGAGAAGGAGUCAGAGAAAACUGGGAAACCCAGGCUGCUGCUCACCAUGGCUGUACCGGCUGGUAUCGAGUACAUACAAAAGGGAUUUGAUGUGAAGACAUUGAAUAAAUACUUGGACUGGAUGAAUCUGCUAACGUACGACUAUCACUCAGCAUUCGAGCCGGCGGUAAACCACCACGCGCCCCUGUUCCCUCUGGAAGAACCCAACGAAUACAGCACUGACAACGAACUCAACAUUGACUACACAAUUAAGUUCUACAUUGAAAACGGCGCGGAUCCUAAUAAACUGGUGCUCGGUAUACCGACGUAUGGCCGUUCGUACACAUUGUUCAACCCUGAUGCCGUGGAGAUCGGCUCCCCUGCAGACGGACCUGGUGAGCAGGGAGAUGCUACGCGGGAGAAAGGAUAUUUGGCUUAUUACGAGAUUUGUGAAGCUCUAAAGCCUAAAGAGAAAAAACGCAGCGUCCGUCAAAAUGACGACGAAGAUGAUGAAGAGGAGGAUUCUGAGGAGUCCACCGAAGUGGACGAACCGUGGACUGUGAUGUACCCUAACCCGAAUGCUAUGGGCCCCGUCGCGUUUAAAGGCAACCAGUGGGUCGGGUACGACGAUGUGGAAAUAGUGAAAAAGAAGGCCGAAUACGUCGCCGAGAAUGGAUUAGGAGGUAUAAUGUUCUGGUCCAUCGACAACGAUGACUUCCGCGGCAACUGUCACGAGAAGCCGUACCCGCUCAUCGAAGCAGCCAAGGAGGCAUACAUAGCCAAGCUGGGUGCCACGGACAACGCUAUAGUGUCGCAGCCGGUGACUAAAGCGAGCGCCAAGAGGCGCAACCGGCCCCGCGUCUCCACCACCACUACCACCACCGCCCAGCCGUCCACCGCUGCCAAGACGCUGAGCAGCAAACGUAAGAGUGGUUCAUCAUUCACCAGCACCACGCCAGCGUGGAACGUGAUCACGCCGGAGCCGCCCACCACCCCCGACCCAGGAGCUGACUUCAAAUGCAAAGAUGAGGGCUUCUUCCCCCAUCCCCGGGAUUGCAAAAAGUACUUCUGGUGCUUAGACUCCGGACCGUCCAACCUGGGCAUCGUAGCGCACCAGUUCACCUGUCCUUCUGGUCUGUUCUUCAACAAAGCGGCCGACUCUUGCGACUUCGCGCGCAAUGUGCUCUGCAAAAAACCGAGCGCGACCACGAAAGCACCCGCGAAGGUCACCUCCACCACUACCACCACGACCACCACCACGAGGAAACCUAUCAAGCUGAGCACCAAGAACUCAGUUCUGUUUAGGACGACGACAACGACGACUACCACACCGGAACCAGAGAGCGAAGAAGAAGUCGAGGAGGAAGUUCAGGAGGACACCAGUGAUGUGGAUGCCGAAGACCCAAAAGUGAUCAAGGAACUGAUUGAUCUUAUCAAGAAAGUCGGUGGCGUGGAACAGCUGGAAAAGCAUUUGCGCCUCUCAGAAACCUCAGUCAGCACGGAUGGCCCGUCUACCACACCGUCGUCGUUAAACAAGAAGUUGUACAAAGUACUGGAGAGAACGCGAGGAAAGAACAAAUUCCUGAACAGCGUAAGUGAGGACAGUUCGUCUCAGAAUAGUCGCAGAGGUCCGCAGAAUGCAGGACUAGAACCAACGCCUGACAAGAAUGUACUGAUUAAAAAGGACAGGCCACAGUACAUCACAAUCAACCGAUCACGUCCUACCAAGACAUCUACCGAACCGUCUGUGGAAAGCGAAGAGGUUAAAGAAAAACCGGCGGUGUCAAGUCUUAAGCAAUCCAGAUCUCGUAUAGUAGAAUCAGAAGAUAACAGUGGCACGACUUCGAAGACAUUGCAGUAUGUGAACAUUCGUAGGGCACCGCCUGCGUCCACGUCUGACACUGCGGACGACACUGCUUCCAGAAAUGCACUAUUCGAGCGGGUCGAGCCGUACAUUCCAGUCUCUGAAACGCCCAGUACUCUGGACAUUAUAAGUGCGCGGCGGGAAAACAUGCCAGAGUAUGUCACCAUUAGGAGGCAAAGACCCACAACUGAGGAGACCACCACUGCACAAUAUCUAAGUUCAGAAAGAAGUAAUGAGUCGCAAGGCCAAGUAUUGGAAAGAGAAAUAUCCUCACAGCCACAGUAUACGUCAAUAGUCAGAACUCGUUCUACCACAUUACCUCCUAUUGAUGACUAUAAAAGUCCUGAACCCACUACAAUUUUGGCUGUUCAGAUAUCCUCUCUAUUAAAUUCACCUAGUCCAACCGAGGCCGAAGUCCUAGAGUCUGAAACGGAAGCUCCACCAACUGAAGACAGUCAACCCACGACCAUGCCAUCUAGCACUACUACCACCACUACGACAACGAUUCCACCUUCGACUACCACUACGACUACAGCCUUACCGUUAAUUCUUCCUUCGAGCAUCGCACCACGCCCACUUCCGAUUCGAAGACGCGGGUCUACUACGUUAUCUCCACUUACGACUAUUCAGGGCUUGAAAGAUCGCCGAAACCAGCUACUAAGGCGCAGCAAAGGCACCGCAUCGCCUGAUGCGACAGAAUCGAACACGGAACCCGCGGACACAGAUGUCACCACCACAAGCAAGUACCCUCGCAGGACGAAGUCCAAGUUCAAGUACCGAAAAGAGGAAAAACCCGACGUGGAUCAAAAAGAAACGGAACGGCAGCCAUCUUCGAACGGCGGCGCGCGGCGCAGUGAGGUGCCCAGGCGCAGCUAUGUGCGCCGGAGGCCUGGUGGGGCGAACGCAACUGUGGCGUCAACAGCGCAACGUCCGUUCCGCGUCGGACGCAGACGACCGGGAACAACAAGCACGAGCACGAGCUCGAGCACGAGCACAAGCGCGACAAGCACAAGCACAGCUGCUGCGAACACGCAGCUCGCAGAUGUGGAGCCGGAUGACGUAGAAGAAGUCUUACAGGAUGUUGAUGAAAAUGACUACAUCGAAGACACCCCCACACAACCACGCGUGGCACAAAAAACACCACCCAAAGUGCAGCGUCGACCACUGUUGACCCUCAAAGAGGAAGCAGACCAGAACCCAUCGGCGACGAACGAAGAAGAGAACAAACGACAGAGCAAGAAGUUCAACAGUAAUGCGAAAAAGAACCGUUUAGGGCAAAUACUGAAAGAUUUAGAAAACGACGAGGUAUAUGAAACGACGGAGAGGAGAACCACUGCUAAUGUUGAUGAUAUCAGCGCAGAAACUGCAGUAGCCAUAGCGGCGCACCAACUCUUAGCCGCACCAAUACCCGUCAUUCCCAACUACGAAGAAGACACAAAGCCACACAUAAAGACAUCGCCCAAAACGAUCACAGAAUACGAUUUCACGAGCCCCGAAUACACAGAGACGUUCACGGAUAGCAGGAAAACAGUAUACGCAGACGAUUACCCCAGUACAACCCAAGUCCUACCGACACGCGACUACGUACAAUCAUCAACAGGUCCAGAAUACAGUGUUUCCCCAGUAGACUUUGAAGCUCCUAAAUUAUCCCAAACCACAAGCUUUGCACCAAAAACCACAUACAGCACGACCGCCUUCACAACAAAACUCCCGCAGCAGUUGAUAGAAUCAGAACCAACUAUAACACAUGUAGGCUUGACUGGCACUCGGUAUCCGCUAGCAAAAACUAAGUCCACAAGCGAGUAUACGACCAAAUAUGUCGACUCGGCUGAAUAUUCUGACCCCACUAUUACACCCAGCACUAGCUUCGCAAUACCCAAGUCUACAUUUAGAAGCUCUUACGUCAGAACAUCAGGUCUCACGGAGCCAACAAAUUCAAAUUUGCCUAGUACACCAACAACGCUAAAAUCUUUAAACAAUGCCCAAAAUUCAAGAACUGGACACAAGUCUUCGACUCAGGGUGUAACUGGAGAAACUCCGACAAUUAAUACCCCUACCGGAAGGUUUCUGGGGUCUAGUCCAAAGUUAAUACCCGUACCCGUCGAGGAUUAUGCCUUCUCCACAGACGGGUAUACAGGUUUGAGUCAAGAUCCGGCGUAUUUCACUAGAGAGUACUUGCUGGAAUCGCCCGUCACGAAGGCGUAUGACGAUGAAUAUCAAUAUCUAUCGCCAGUGACAACUCAACAAUCGACCACGAGAAAGCUUCCAAGAAAGAAGAUAUAUCGAAAGAUCUCGACCACACAGCGUCCGACCACAGAAGCCUUUGUGCCUGUAGUAACGACGCCCAAACCAAGAAGAAUACCGUCUACUGUUAAGCCGUUCAGCAAGACACAGAAAACAGUCCCGAACAGGACAUACAGACCAAUACUGAACUACGACUACUAUGAUGAUAGCGAAGAGAAAGUGGCCGAGAAGUACGUGGAAGGAACCAAGGUUAUUCUGCACGCAAAAGGCACAAUAGAAUGCCUGGACAUCGGCAACUUCCCGCACCCUACUUCCUGCAAGAAGUUCAUAUCGUGCGCGCGCAUGGAGAGCGGCUCCCUACUCGGCUGGGAGUACGUCUGCCCAAAGGGUCUCAGCUUCGAUCCCGUCGGAGGCAUAUGCAACUGGUCUGCGGGGCUCGGCUGCGUUGAGAAGGACACUUGAUAGUGUCAGAGAUACUUGCAUAAAAAAAAUUAAAUAUAUAUAUAUACAGAAUGUAACGAAAUGUAAGCAUAAACAUUUGGUAGAACUAGCUUAGUUCUACCAAAUUUUUUUUAUAGAAUAGUGAUACUGGAAUAGUGAUGAACAAGCAUACGGCCCGUCUGAUAUUAAAUUACCUUAGUCAAUGGACACUUGUAUUACUGGUUACCAAUUUCAAUAUAAAAGUUUCUUAUUGGGAAAAGUUGCUUAUACUAAGCUGAGUAGAAUAAAUAAAAUAUAAAAAAUGUUGCUUCUAGAGAGCGUUCACUGUAUUAACGGUAAUUUUUCUUCGUUAUUUAUUUAACUUUAAUAGAAAUAAUAUAUAUCAGUGAAGUUUCCACAAUAAACUAAUACAUCGUAAAGAGAGAAGAUGAUUAAUAAAAAAAAUACCUACCUAACUUCCUUUUUGAUAAUUCCAACCUGUUAUUCCAUUUUUGUCAAUUUCCUAAACUUUUGAUGGACGUAAAUUUUACUCAAAAAGUCACAGUCGAUUAGACUCUAUUGAACUUAAUUUAGAGUUAAAAAUUGAUAUACAAAAUACAUAAAGUACAAGAAACUGAAAUCCUAAGAACAUGGGGCGACGUAUGAAUUAGAUUUCGCAUUGUAAUACACUUCGUUACGUACUGUAUGUAUAUGUAUAUUUUCGGUCACACCCUGUAUAUACAACGAAUAUUUGAAAUGAACAUGUAGAGAAAAUUAAGAUAUUACCAAUCAGAAAAUAUCAGCGGUUUAUUGGAAUUUAAGUCGUUAAAUUGUAACACAAUUCGUUUUCACUUUGGAACUUUGUCGCGUUAAAUACAAAAUAAUAAACGUGAUAAAUUUCUAAAGGUAGAAAAUGAAAUACAUACAUGGCUGUUGCUUAGGGGGGGGGCAUUGUGGGGCAAUGGCCUACUUUAAAAGGUUCAAUGACCUACCUUAAAAUAUACCCAGAGAAAAUUAGAUUCGCUAUUUCAAAGUUAAUUAUGCCUUCUACUCUACUAAAAAAGUUUUUUGCCCUACCUUAAACUUUUAUUUAGCUACGGCCCUGUAUGCAUGGGUACAUAUUUGUAUACACAGCAUCUUUGAUGUACCAUUCAAAAUAAUUGACAUUAUAUACAUAAAUAUAUUAAAAAUUGUUGCUGAAUGUAAAUACCGAAAUCAAAAUUUUAUACUUUUAUCAUGGAUAAGACAUCACUGCCUAAGUCUAUAAUAUUAAAUAAUAAUUUGUAAUAAUUUGUAAAUUUGAUAAAAUCGUCAAGUCUUAAAAGGAUAUAAGAGGUAUAAAUCUAAGAGAGAAUCAUCGUCAGAGAUAUGCCGAAAUCAACUACUUUGAUAACAUGAAAGGGAAAUGAAAAAUCGUAACUAAACGACGUAAGUUGCAGAAAAGCAACCUUAGGUUAUGGAAAAAUGAAAAUCUUUUUCUUAACAGUACAAUAACAAAAUCGUAUCGAUAGAUACAUUUUCGAUACCGCACGCAUAUUGCCGUCUCGUUCUAUCUAACGCGUAUAGUAACGGUACUACUUGUUGAGGAGAGUGGGAAGAGCAAUACACAGAAAAUAGUUUUACUUACUAUUUGAAUCACAUAGUACACAAUUUCUAUAUUUUGUAAACAUCUUACGUUAUUUUUAUCUGUAUUAUUGACUGAAAAAAAAAAUAUUUAACUUAUGUAAAAUAUUAAUUUUACGCUUAUUGAACACGUCUUCGAGCCGAUCAUAUUUCAAUAAGCGAACGAAAUUGUUACGUGUAAAUGAAAUUAAUCUAAGUCAAUGUAUUUCUUAUAAAAUAGGCUUUAAGUAAAACAAUCACUGCCAAUUUUAUACUCAUUUGGUAUUAGGAUUUUUUUGUGAGAGACGUCACAAACUUUUAUAAUGCAAUAUAUACUUAUUUUAAUGUCCAAAUUUAUACUUUAUACCAAAUCUGUAUGCUUAUAUUUACAAGCACUUUAUCUAUUUAUUUUUACGUGAUCGAAUAGCAAACGAAUUGAAAUUAUUAUUUCAAAAUGUGCCUUAAUUAUUAUACA